UGGCAGAGUCCAGAUCACCACCCCUGGAACGCUGAUAGCUCAGAGCAAAUCAGCAGCAUGAAGCUGUGCCUGCCUCUCCUGCUCGUUGCUCUGGCUCUGUGCUGCUCUGAGGCCAAUGGGAUUGCGUGUCCAAAUGUUAUAUUUGAGUUGGGAGAGUUCCUGCUUGUGGAUAAGGUAUCCUAUAGAGCGAGUCUGGCCAAAUACAAUGCACCUAAAGAAGCUGUGGAUGCAAAGUUGGAAGUGAAGGGCUGUACAGAUCAGAUUGACGUGAAAUCCAGAGGCGCAAUACUAGUAGUACUGACGUGA